AUGCUAGCUGAUAUUGCAGAAUCUGAGCCUCAAGCAGCCUACUCAGCCUACAUCUCUGGCAUCCAACACAGAUGGAAGUUUGUUCAAAGGACUGUGUCCCACAUCUCUGAAGCCACGGAGCCGCUAGAACAUGAGAUAAGACAAAAGCUCCUGCCAAAGAUGCUGGGCAGGGAGAUCUCAGACUUAGAAAGAGACGUCUGGUGGAUAGUGGAUACAAACACUCCCAUCACCUGUGGAUGUGGGAAAAUAAGUGAUCUUGACCACCUUCUCACCUGUAAGCUAGGGGGCUACGUGAUAAUGACUCACAACAACAUCAGAGACACAUUGGCAAAUCUCCUUCGGUUGCACACCCCAAUUGCUUAUCAAACAGGACAAAAACUCUUCAAGAAGUAUACAAAGAGAACGAGAAGGAGAAGAAGGACGAGCUACUUGGAGAGAAUGUUGAAUGUGGAGAAGGCUACUUUCACCCAAGCUGUAUUCUUCACAUCUGGAGGAAUGUCUAAAGAGUGUGAGCAGUUCGUCAACAGAGUAGCAGACCUCAUAGCAAGAAAAAGGAAGGAGAGGUACUGCGAUGUAGAGUCACAAGAGAAGCUGGCAAGUGUGACUGGAAGGCUGAACGGAACAGAGGCUCAACUUAGUAGGUCGGAGGAGAAAGUGAAGACACUAGCCAAUCUUCUUAAUUCAACUCAAGAAGAGUUGGAGUCAAGUCAACUGAAUUUCACUGAAGCUAAGAAGCAGCUUAAUGUAACGAAGGAAAAGCUGGACACUACCGAGGAGGAGCUGAAAGGGGUAACAUCUGAUCUGGAGGAGGUGACUGCUGAGCUGGAGGGGGUGACUGCUUGUCUGGAGGAGGUGACUGCUGAUCUAGAGGAGGUGACUGCUGAUAUGAACAGGACUGAAACUUCAUUGGAAACAGUGACCGGAGAUUUAAACUCAACACAAGCAGAACUAGGAGCUGUAAGUGAUCACCUGGAAACUUGCUCCGCUGGCUUAAAAGACAUAGGGAGAAAGUUUAAAGAUUCUCGAACAUUCCACAAUGUCACCAGAUGGGAUGUUCUGCUCACUCCCCCAUAUUUCAACAAGGUCUUCUCAAAUGAGCUGUUCCGGAAACUCACCACCAGUUGGAAUAUGUUGGAGAGGUUUGUGGGUAUGAACAUGACGGAGGGUGUUAUACAGCACUUCCGGUACUUCCACCGAGAACCACAAUGCGAUGUCUUCGAGCAACUCUCACACGCCAUGCUUGAGCACUUCAAGGGUACUGAGAUAACAUCAGGACUGAUAGCCCACUUUAAGGAAACACAUACGGAGGAAUCAGAGUGCGAGAACGACACAGACACAGAAUCAUAGACCGGGAACAAUUAAACUUCUUUUUUGCUGUGUUCUUCUCUCCAAUUUUUAGUAUGUGUUAUAAUUUUAUUAACUUAUUAAAGUUAAAUUAUAUGAAAGGAAAUGACACUAAUAUAGUUAAAUACUAAAAUUCCUUACUUUUCUCACGUUAUAUGGUUAGCUUAGA